CAGCAGCACACCAACCAGUUGCUCCAGCGGCUCUCCUUGUUGACAUGCAGGAGUAGGAGGAGGCGCAUACGGUGUUUCUCAGUGUAAAGCUAGCAGGGUACUAGUUGUGGACAUUCGGGGAGCCACUUUGUAACAACACAUGCGUGUGUUUUCCCAUCACUGCUUCUUGGAGGAAUGAGAGGCGUAUGUUCGGCUCUUAGGAUGGGAUUGUUUUUGCACGCUGUCGGCUCUGUCAGCAGCACCGAGUCCCCGGCAGAGAAGAGCUUGAUCCACUGUGAAGGCGUCAACAACCAUAGCUACUUCUGCGAGUACGGACACUGCUGUGGAGAAUCCCAGUGCUGCAGCUAUUACUAUGAGCUCUGGUGGUUUUGGCUGGUUUGGGCAAUCAUCUUUAUUUUGUGCUUCUGUUGCAUCUGCCACCAUCGCCGCACAAAACACCGAAUGCAGCAGCAGCAACGGCAGCACGAGAUCAACCUCAUCGCUUACCGUGAAGCACACAACUUCCCCUCUGUGCCCUUUUAUUUCAGGUUUUUGCCAAACUACCUCCUUCCUGACUAUGAGGAGGUGGUGAAUCGGCCUCCCACCCCUCCUCCUCCUUACACCGCCUUAAAUGCAAACCCAUCCUCAGCUGCUUCUGUUUCCAUGGCUCCGGAGCAGCAGGCGGGACACUGUCCAUCCAUCCAGGUCUCUCCUCUGCCCCCUGUCUCUGAAGGUCUGUGCAGCAGGCCUGCAAUGGAGGAACCACAGCCUCCCACUUUUGACUUGAGAGCGAAGCCUGAUAACAAACCUGUCCAAACGGCCCACGAGCCCAGCAUAAUCCUUCUGUCAGACAGGCUGAAUGUGGAGACGCUCACCAGCCAGGAGAAAAAAACUGGAAGUGGGGAGGACUCCUGUAAGGACCCCCUGCUGAAGGACUUCCCCCUGUCAGAGGGCUGCACUGACGACAAAGAACGCCUCCCCAACGGGAGGAGGCGGCGUUUCACCGGGGACUCCGGGAUCGAGGUGUGCGUAUGCGGCACCCGUGGGGGCAGCGGUUGUGGUGGAGCCGGAGGGGCAGUUCAGGACAAUAAGGAACGAGAGAGCCUGCUGGGGCGCAGCGCAGGGAACGGUAACGAGGAAGAGGAUGCAGGCGACUUCUGUGACAGUUGUGGUCAUCGAGCCUCCCUGAGUUUGGAGGAGGAUCAGGCGCCGGGUGGGCCGGAGAGGAGGGCAGGGCAUGGGCUGGCAGGAAACCCACAGAUUCCUCAGAAUGUAAGCAGCGGCUCACUCAGCCCACCUGUGUGCCUUCUCCUCCAUACCAUCAGCGAACAGGAGGGCCCGGCCCACAGCUCCGACCCGCAGGGCUGAAACCCAUUCCUCCCUCACACUGGACAGUAGAACAGUUUGGUGCUGAGCAGCGUUUGAAGCUCCUUCAGAUUGUUUAUGAAGGAGCUCAUCUUAGAACAUCCAGAUGAGGGAGCAGCAAAAUAACUGAUCCAAAGAUGGAGACACCUUGCUCUGCUCCAUACUGCUCCUAGUAGCCUUAAACAGUGUGUUACGGCUAUAAGGUUUGUUAAAGAUAGGCAGAAUUGGCCCCUUUCCCAGCCUGGUGAAAGCUCUCCUUUCUGCAGUCAUCCUGAUGUUGGGCUAAAAAGGAGUGAACGGUACCCCUGCUUCCAUCAGACUUUAACAUGCACAGCAGGAACAUAAGGGAUGCGCAGGAACGUGAGCGUUCCUACGCAUCGAUACCGUACGGGACACGGAGAGAAGGCUGUCUGUUGUCACACUUCUGAAGUGCUUUUUUUAUUUAACCAUUAUAAACCACUCUGCCUUCUGUUUGUGUCGCUCUGUCAGCCUUGCAAUUGAUAGAGUAGUUAAUGUGCAUAAAAAAAAAAACUAAGAACGAAUCAAAGUGUGAACACUUCCUGUUUUGCACAUUUUCUCAAAGUGAAAUAUUUUGCAAAAUAAAAUGAAACCAAAUAUGA